CUGGAUUAUAGGGCAGUAUAGACUGAUCGAAUCCAGUUCAAUGUAGUCAAUUGACAUUCUGAAACUGGAUUAAAGUGCAGUGUAGAUCCAGUCUCUGGGAAAAUGUUAAUUAGCACCUUGUUUAAUGUUUAAGAUGCCUCCGGUGGCUCAGUGUGUUAAAGCGCUGAGCUGCUGAACUUGUAGACCGAAAGGUCCCAGGUUCAAAUCCGGGGAGAGGAGUGAGCGCCCACUGUUAGCUCCAGCUUCUGCCAACCUAGCAGUUCAAAAACAUGCAUAUGUGAGUAAAUCAAUAGGUACUGCUCCGGCGGGAAGGUAACAGCAUUCCAUGCAGUCAUGCCAACCACAUGACCUUGGAGGUGUCUACGGACAACGCUGGCUCUUUGGCUUAGAAAUGGAGAUGAGCACCGACCCCCCAGAGUCGGACACGACUGAACUUAAUGUCAAGGGAAACCUUUACCUUUACCUUAAGAUGUGAAUCAAAUGAGGAGCAUGUGAGUUCUCUAAAAAUGCCAGAGACCCCUAGCUCCACCCCACGCCCAUUUAAAAAAAUGAAUCAACACAUGCAUACAAACACACAUUGUCCCACAAAAAGUUGGGUAUGCCCCAGAAACUAAUUUUUUUCCCAUGGAUCCAAUGCCAAGAAAGCUGAUCUAGACUGCUUUUCACGUCUAGAAUUAUUCUUUUCUGCAAAUAAUGAAUCCUACCUAUUGAAUGGAUUCAGAUACUCUAGAUUUCUGCUCCCCUUGGGAUCACAUGUUUUUCUUAUGUUACAGACACACAGCCUUAUCUAAGUUCUCCACGACAAAACUUCCCUGAUAAGUUACAAAACGCUUUCAUGGUGAUGGUUUAAGAAAUUGCCUUAGCUAUACAACCACAGUCCCAUUUACUUAUCCCCAACAGGAACAGAACAAGUAUAAAUAAAUGUGCCUUAAGAGUGAAUCUAAGUAAUCGUUGGUGGGGAUCCAGAUGAGUGAGGGGAGUGGUCUGCUUUCUUUGUCUCACUUUCUUCUUUCUCUCCUUUUUGUACGAUUCCUUCUCUCACGAGUCCCACCCCUCCUCACUACUAGAGAGAAGACCUAUUUGCUGGAAAUAAUCAUCAAGGGCAGCAACAUCAGGCAAGGAUCUCCUCUCAUUGCAUCCCUUGUAUUUACCAAGACAGAGCAAACCAUGUUCUUCAGAUUGUGGUGGUUUAUAUUUCUAAUGGACUACCAUGUUUUUGUGGCACAAAACACCAACGAAGAAAAGAGAACUGGAGUAAGAAAACAGAAGCCAAAGCCUUUCUUGUCAAAUGCAGUAGAAAAAUAUCCAGGUUCAAGUGACCAAGAUGAAAACUGCAUUCUGGAAAUGGCUUUCCUCCUGGACAGCUCAGAGAGUGCCAAGAAUUUCAACCAUGAACAGCAGAAAAAGUUUGUUUUGGAAACAGUGAAUAGAAUGAAUGGACUGCAACUCAGCUCCAAUCGUCAUCUGAGCUGGAGGAUUGCUCUGCUUCAGUACAGCAGCACUGUUCUCAUAGAGCAAACAUUCAAAGAUUGGAAGGGCCUAGAUGCUUUUAAGUCCCGUAUUGCUCCCAUAACCUACAUUGGCCAUGGCACCUACACUACUUAUGCCAUCACCAAUCUCACACAGCUCUAUAUGACCGAAGGAACACACGGUAGUGUUAAAGUAGCUAUCCUGUUGACUGAUGGUGUGGACCAUCCGAGGAACCCUGAUAUUUUCUCAGCUACAGCUGAUGCUAAGCAUCAAGGUAUUGUGUUCUUCACAGUGGGAAUGACCAGAGUGGCUGAGGAGGUGGCCAACGCUGCCAAGCUCCGACUCCUAGCCAGUGUUCCAGCAUCCAGGUUUGUCUUCAAUCUGCAGGAGACAGGAAUUGUGGAGAAAAUUCUCAAAGAAAUGAAAGUUCUGGUAGAAGAAGGGUGUCCCCAGCCUCCAAUAUGCAACUGUGAAAAAGGAGAAAGGGGUCUUCCUGGCCCUGCUGGUAAAAAAGGCCGUCCUGGUGAUGAUGGAGCUUCUGGACCAAAAGGAGUAAAGGGAGAGUCAGGCCUAAAUGGAAUUCCAGGAAGAGAUGGAAUUGAGGGAAAGUCUGGCUACAAAGGAGAAAAGGGCGAAAGAGGUGAAUGCGGAACUCCAGGAAUAAAAGGUGACAGAGGUCCAGAAGGUCCAGGCGGACCAAGAGGUCUCCGAGGUUUGCAGGGUCCCCAAGGUCUGCCUGGAGAUCAAGGGCCUGAAGGAGUGCAGGGAUCAAAGGGUGAAAGAGGCCUGCUUGGGCCUCCUGGGUUGACUGGAGAAACUGGAAUAGGAUUGCCUGGCCCAAAGGGUGACAUUGGUUUGACAGGAAGACCAGGUCCUGUUGGUCCACCAGGAGUUGGCGAACCAGGUUUACCGGGACCUCAAGGACCACAAGGUAUUCAAGGAGAAAGAGGCUCACUAGGUGAAGGGCUUCCAGGACCAAAAGGAGAUCGGGGCUUUGAUGGUCCCAAGGGACCCCGGGGCCAACCAGGCAUUGGCAUCAAGGGUGAAAAGGGUGAAAUUGGUCCGCCUGGUCUGCCUGGGCCUAUUGGAUUACCUGGGGUUGGGAUUCAAGGGGAAAAGGGAGUAGAAGGCCCAAAAGGACCACCAGGGCCAAGAGGACCAACAGGACAAGGGGUACCUGGACCAAAAGGUGAUCAAGGCUUGCCUGGUGAGACUGGAGCCCCUGGAGAAAGAGGUCUCGGAGAACCUGGUGCAAAGGGCGAACCAGGUUCUUCAGGACUGGCAGGAUUGCCCGGCCUUCCAGGAGAAGAUGGAGCCCCUGGACAAAAGGGAGAACCAGGUUUACCUGGGCUCCGUGGUCCAGAAGGAGCACCAGGAAUAGGAAUACAGGGUGAAAAGGGUGAUCAAGGCCAAAGAGGUAUACGUGGGUUAUCGGGACCAACUGGAAUACUUGGACCAGCAGGAGCUAAGGGUGAACCUGGUGUUCCAGGCCGCCUCGGAAUGCCAGGUCUACCAGGACGAGCCAUUACGGGACCAAAGGGUGAUAUCGGAUUGCCUGGACCACCUGGCCCAAUUGGGGAACAGGGCAUAGGCAUUCCAGGGCCUAAGGGUGACCGUGGACAACCAGGACCACUGGGACCAUUUGGACCUAAGGGAGAUGGACAUCCAGGCCCACCUGGUCUUCCAGGUCUUCCAGGAGCUCCUGGGGAGCAAGGCCCUGAAGGGAUUGGAUUACCUGGACCAAAGGGUGAUCCAGGUGUGAGAGGACCAGCUGGUCUCCCAGGACCACCUGGGGAAGGCCUUCCAGGACCCAAAGGCAAUAUUGGGAGGCAAGGACUGCCUGGAGCCUUGGGGCCUCCAGGUGAAGGUAUCCAAGGACCAAAGGGUGAGCAGGGAAUUCAAGGAAUGCCAGGACCCCGAGGGCCUCCAGGAGAAGGGCUUCUUGGACCAAAGGGUGACCGUGGAUCAGCAGGGGAAAGAGGAAGAAAAGGCGAAAAAGGGAACAUGGGUGAUCCUGGUUCAGCUGGAGAUCCUGGCAAAACCGGACCAAAGGGAGAGCAAGGCCUUACAAGAGAAGAUAUCAUUAAAUUAAUUAAGGAGAUCUGCGGCUGCGGCAUUAAAUGCAAGGAGAUACCUAUGGAGCUUGUGUUUGUGAUUGACAGUUCUGAAAGCGUUGGCCCAGAAAAUUUUGAAAUAAUCAAAGAUUUUGUUACUGCUCUAGUAGACCGAGUAACUGUAGGGAGAAAUGCCACCCGAAUUGGGCUAGUCCUCUACAGUCUGGAGGUUCGACUUGAAUUUGGGCUCAACAGGUAUACGACUCAGCAGGAUGUGAAACAAGCUAUCAGGAAAAUGUUAUAUAUGGGAGAAGGCACUUACACAGGAACUGCCAUCCGCAAAGCAACCCAGGAAGGAUUUUUUGGGGCUCGGACUGGGGUGAGGAAGGUUGCCAUAGUCCUCACCGAUGGCCAAGCAGACAAGAGGGAAGCUGUUAAACUGGAUAUUGCGGUUCGAGAAGCUCAUGCAGCCAACAUUGAAAUGUAUGCCAUUGGAAUUGUAAACACUUCAGACCCAACACAAGUUGAAUUCUUGCGUGAGUUGAAUCUCAUUGCAUCUGACCCUGACAGAGAACAUAUGUACCUCAUCGAUGAUUUUAAUACUCUUCCAGCAUUGGAAUCCAAACUAGUUAACCAGUUUUGUGAAGAUGAACAUGGUGCCUUAAUAUAUAACCGAAUUGGAAAUGGAGGAAGCAUAAAUGGUCCGUCUAUUCACUCAAUAUCAUCUCGUUCUUCCCAAUACAUUCUACAUACUAAUAGUCAUAACGGAUAUGCAGUAUGGUCAAAUGGAUAUGAAACAUCUAUGAAAGAGAAUUCCAUAAAUCCUGGCCAGCCUUCUCAAACAUUAAUUCCGGACAAAGAAUCACCUGGAAUAUUUACUGAGAACUAUGAGGUGGGAUCAGAUGGAGAAAGUCUCUCCUUCUUGGCUCCAAUUAAUAACAAAGCAGUUACAUCAGCAAUGCCAUUGUCUUCAACAUCUUCGCUGCCACCCCCACCUCUGCCAUCUCUAACAAUAGAAAAGAUGUUGUCGCCAUCUCAUUUAUCAGCUACUUCCACAGCACCUACGCCAAAACCAGAAAAUAUCCUGAGUCCUCCACAGUGUAAGUUAAGAUUAGAUCAAGGAUCCUGCCGUGUAUAUAUAAUAAAAUGGUAUUAUGACAAGCAAGCCAAUUCCUGUGCUCAGUUUUGGUAUGGUGGUUGUGAUGGAAAUGAGAAUCGCUUUGAAACUGAAGAGGAAUGCAAAAAGACCUGUGUAUUUUUCUCUGGAGGUGUCUGAAGGAUAUUAACAGAAAUCAGCCUGAAUUCCACAGGACUCCUUUUGACCUGAAAAGUGGAGUUUUAAUGCAUACUUUUAAAAUGUACUUACUAAAAGGAUAGAUUACUAUCCUUACGCCACUUACUCUUGUGUAGUCCUAUGAAAGUCAAUGAGAGAAUGUAUACCAUAUUGUUGAAUCGAAAAGAUAAUGUCCCAACAGUGUUUGGACACUUGAUGGACCAUAUGUGUUUGGGUUUAAAGUAAUAUUGAAUAAAAAACAGCAGAGAACAAUAGGCCACUCUUAUGAGCAAACGGGUACAAGUCUUAUUUUACUGUAUAUGUUGAUUCAGGGGAACCUAUCCAUGUUCUUUAGUGAGAAAUGCAAUAAAAGAUGGGAUGUUAUUUUUAUGAGUAGCAAGGAUCCAGUGGAGAAAACUCCAUGAGGGCUGUGAGGAAGAGGGAAGCUCGAAUCAAGUGUCUUGGUUGGAAAAUACCUAAUAUGACUCAUUCCUCGACACUCAGAUUCUCAACACAUAUGACUGAGGAUAGAUAGUGGGAACAUACCAAGGAUACAAGCAAACCCUGCUGCUAAAUCAUAGUUAGAAGCAGCAGCAGCUGAUACAAGACUGGUUGAGUAUCAUGCACAGCGUGUCAGAAAACCUAUUAAUCUAAAUAAGUUUGUUUGUUUAUUUGUUUGUUGGGCUUUGUAUAUCUACAGUAAAUGUGUACAAUAUAUUUUGUGAAUUAAAUAUAUACCAAUUCACUUCUGCAA